GCCGCGGCGAGGGGACGGCGCUGCGCGGAGCCCAGCGCCUCGGCGGCGGGGGCUCAGCGGCGGCGCCCCAAGAUGCCGCCUACCCUGUUCCAGAAGCUCUUCAACAAGAAGCACGGACUGAUCUCUCCGGCCAGGGACGCCCGGGACGAUUGCGUCUUCAGCUGGCCUUUGCCGGAAUUUGACCCAAGUCAGAUCCGACUGAUUGUGUAUCAGGACUGCGAAAGAAGAGGACGGAAUGUCUUAUUUGACUCCAGUGCUAAAAGAAAAAUAGAGGAUGUUUCGGUGUCGAAACUCUGCAGUGAUGCUCAGGUGAGAGUUUUUGGGAAAUGUUGCCAACUGAAGCCCGGAGGAGACAGCUCUUCUUCGUUGGAUAGUUCAAUCAAUUCAUCCUCCUCAUUCUCUGAUCCAAAAGAACAAUGCCCAAAAUACCAGGGUUCUCGGUGCUCCUCAGAUGCUAACAUGCUUGGAGAGAUGAUGUUUGGCUCUGUGGCGAUGAGCUACAAGGGCUCCACAUUGAAAAUUCACCAGAUCCGCUCACCUCCUCAGCUCAUGCUCAGCAAGGUUUUCACAGCUCGCACUGGAAGUAGCAUCUACGGAAGCCUGAAUACGUUGCAGGACAGUCUUGAGUUCAUUAAUCAAGACAGCAAUACAUUAAAGCCUGACCACAGUACAAUUAUGAAUGGACUUCUUGGGAAUAUAGGUCUUUCACAGCUUUGCAGCCCUAGGCGGGCAUUCUCAGAGCAAGGUCCGCUCCGCCUGAUCCGGAGCGCCUCUUUCUUUGCAGUUCAUAGCAACCCUAUGGAUAUGCCUGGGAGGGAGCAGAAUGAGGACAGAGACAGCGGUAUAGCAAGAUCUGCAUCUCUUAGCAGUCUGCUCAUCACUCCGUUUCCAUCUCCGGGCUCUUCAUUUAACAAAAGCUGUGCUAGCAGUUACCAGCGGCGUUGGCGUCGCAGUCAGACUACCAGCUUGGAGAAUGGGGUCUUCCCUCGAUGGUCCAUGGAUGAAAGCUUUAACUUGUCAGAUGACAGCUCUGGUCCUAGCCCAGGAAUUGUUAGGAAGAAAAAGAUAGCAAUUGGAGUUAUUUUUUCACUCUCGAGAGAUGAAGAUGAAAACAACAAAUUUAAUGAGUUCUUCUUCUCACACUUUCCUCUUUUUGAGAGUCACAUGAACAAACUGAAGAGUGCAAUAGAACAGGCUAUGAAAAUGAGUCGUAGAUCAGCUGAUGCCAGUCAGCGGAGUUUGGCAUAUAACAGAAUUGUUGAUGCCCUUAAUGAAUUCAGAACGACUAUUUGCAAUCUCUACACGAUGCCACGGAUUGGGGAGCCUGUCUGGCUUACUAUGAUGUCAGGGACACCAGAAAAGAACCAGCUUUGCCAUCGCUUCAUGAAGGAAUUCACAUUCUUGAUGGAAAAUGCUUCUAAAAACCAGUUUUUACCAGCUUUACUGACUGCAGUCCUGACUAACCACUUGGCCUGGGUCCCUACCGUCAUGCCGAAUGGCCAGCCGCCUAUACGAAUCUUCCUAGAAAAGCAUUCUUCCCAGAGCGUGGACAUGCUGGCCAAAACUCAUCCAUACAACCCGCUGUGGGCACAGCUCGGUGACCUCUAUGGGGCUAUUGGAUCGCCUGUGAGAUUAGCAAAAACAGUUGUGGUUGGCAAAAGGCAUGACCUGGUACAGAGAUUGCUUUAUUUCCUUACUUACUUCAUCAGAUGCUCUGAACUUCAAGAGACGCAUCUUUUAGAAAAUGGGGAAGAUGAAGCCAUUGUCAUGCCUGGAACUGUUAUAACUACCACGCUGGAGAAAGGAGAAGUAGAAGAAUCUGAGUAUGUGCUUGUCACAAUGCACAAGAACAGGGGCAACUUGCUGCCGACGGAAUCUGAAGAAAUGAGAACCCCUAGCUGUAACUGUAAAUAUUGCAAAUGUCCGAUUUCCCUUGCACAAAACAUAGAAGGUGUUUCACAGCAAGAGAGAGAAGAUGCACAAAACACUCCUAAGGUAGAGCUGGAAUCCUCUUCAGAUGAGAACAGAACUAUUGUUCCUGAUGAUUGCCAGGAAGAUGUUGUUGAUGCUAAGCAACCGAGACCCUGCCUGGACACAAAACUAGAGACCGUGGUGUGCACAGGGUCAGCCUCACCAGAAAAACGUGUAGUGACGGAAUCUGGUUUGGAGCCAACAGGAAACAUGUGGAGGAGUGAAGAGUCACUGGAAUCGGGCAACCAGGCGGUCAGUGUAACAAGGUCACCCGGUAUAGCUGUGGAAAAGAAGCCGCCAGAUAAGCUCUUCUGCGAUGCGUUUCCUUGCAGUGCUGCCGAAGCUCAGACAAAGGUGACUUUCCUCAUCGGAGAUUCCAUGUCACCCGAUUCAGACAUCGAACUCAGAAGUCAGGCAGUAGUGGAACAAAUUGCUAGGCAUCACAGCCCACCAGCAACGGAGGAAGGAGUGUCUGCUGAUCAGAACUGUGAAGCUAAACAAACUGUUGAGGACCAAAAUAGAGACUGUGGGACAGCUGAACCCUUUCCUCAAGUUGCUAGUGAGCAUCAGAGCUGGAAUCCAAAUCCAUACAAUGCUGAGAGCAUGAGUCUGUUUGAUGAAUAUUUUACUGAUGACAGUUCAAUUGAAACCCGGACUAUUGAUGAUAUUCCAGGGCAAGCAGCUACAGACCUUCUUGCUCACAACAGUAGUUUAGAGUUUUCUAAAAAGCUGUGUACAAAGACUAGCAAACCACCUAGCGAGUUUUGUAAAUUUAUGGACUCUGUUCGACAAGAGACCUACAAAAACUGCUUUAAUGAGCAGGACCAAAGAGAGAAAAUCUCUAUUCGCAUCCCCCAUGGGGACAGAGAAAAUGUAGAGAAAAAAGUCGCCCCGGGAAUUGAUUGGGACAUUCCAAGAAAUGAGAGUUCAGAUAGUGCCCUGGGUGACAGCGAAAGUGAGGAUACAGGUCAUGAUCUAACUAGACCAAGCAGUAACUAUUAUGGAGCAGAGCAAGAAGAUUGGGCAGAAGAAUAUGAGAUUCCUUUUCCUGGGUCAAAAUUAGUUGAAGUGAACUCUGUCCAGCCCAGUAUUGCCAAUUUUGGAAGAUCCUUACUAGGUGGCUACUGUUCGUCUUAUGUCCCUGACUUUGUUUUGCAAGGAAUAGGAAGUGAUGAAAAGCUGAGGCACUGUUUGGUGUCAGAUUUGUCUCAUGCUGUGCAGCAUCCUGUUCUGGAUGAACCGAUUGCAGAAGCCGUCUGCAUUAUUGCAGACACGGACAAAUGGACGGUGCAAGUGGCCAGCAGCCAGAGACGAAUGAUUGAUAAUAAGCUGGGAAAAGAAGUGUUAGUCUCGAGUCUCGUCUCCAACCUGCUUCAUUCCACCCUUCAGCUUUACAAGCAUAAUUUAUCUCCAAACUUUUGUGUUAUGCACCUGGAAGAUCGGCUGCAGGAGCUCUACUUCAAAAGCAAGAUGCUGUCCGAGUAUCUCAAGGGCCAGAUGAGAGUUCACGUCAAGGAGCUGGGCGUGGUGCUGGGGAUUGAAUCCAGCGACCUCCCUUUACUGGCAGCUGUAGCAAGCACUCACUCUCCGUACGUUGCCCAGAUACUACUUUAAAAUGCCAGAGGCCGUAGACGUUGACUUUUUUUCCCCUCUGGAAACAAAGUGGAAGACAACUUGUUCUGGCUUCUUUCUCUUUGAAGCAACUAAAACAAACUGCUCGUUGAGCUGCAGCACCUCCAUAUAUGACUGCACGUUAUGCAAACAGUUGGAGACUUUUCCUCUCCCCCUUGGUCAUUUAUUAAAAAGGGUAAAGAAAGGAAAAAAGAAAAAUGAGUAAGCCCGGUAUUUCAGCCACAGAAAAGCAAAGAUUUUAGCAAAAGCUGAAGAUCUGAAUUUUUUAUCAGUUUCUGCCACAGUGGCUAACUGUAAUUUAUACUGCAGAACGUGAGGAAGAACUGCUUUGAGAAAUACACGAUGCUAUCGCCAAUUAUAAACUUAACAAGAGAAUGCAGCAGCUGUCUUCAGACUGGCUUCUACUGAUUAGGAUCUCAUUAAGAUCUGUAAUUCUCAAGCUGCAAUGAUUUGUAAACAACUUCUACUUUUUCAUGUCAUAGUCAGAUUCUGGAUACUUCCCAGAGGAAGA